UUGUAAAUUGCCCGCGCUUUUGGCAUCUUGGUGCGUAAUAUGGAACCACCGCACCACACUAAGAAAGGCGAGUUGUGAUUUGUAAAUUGUCGACGCCUUUCCUCAGUCAAGUGCUCGCUUUGCGGCCCAGGCUCCAAAAUGCUUGGCGUAUUGGUGCGUGAGUAACAACGGAACCAUCACGCCUCACUAAGAAAGCCGGCUUGUAAAUUGUCAUCUGAGAAACUUGUAAUCAUAUUUACCUUCUUUAAUUUGAAUAAUUGAAUAACCCCACAGGAAACAAAUCUAUUAUAAAAACUUCAAGAUCUCAAUUUUGCCCUUUCCAAACUUACUGUUAUUGCAAGUUUCAGAUGCUGUUGGCAACACAGAGAGAGAGAGAGAGAGAGAGAGAGAGAGAGAGGUCUUGAGUCUUAACUUUGGAGGAGUUUCUUAGCUAGCUAAUGAGAGGGAAGAGGUCAAAAGAUCAGUCGAGUGGGAGGCGAAAUUCAUCAUACGAUGAAUCCAGUUCAUCAUCAUGGAAUCAGUAUGGAUACCCAUCACCAUAUCCAUAUCCAUCUCAGCAAAACCCAUAUUACACGCCUCAGCAACAUCAACCCUCUACUUCUUCUUAUAGUCGUGAAGCAGAAAGGCCUCAGUCACAGAGGAGGAUGGAUAAGAAAUACUCCUGGAUUGCUGAUGAUUGCACGACCUUGGAUCAGGUUAUUGCUGCCCUUGCUCAAUCUGGCCUGGGGUCUUCUAAUCUCAUUGUUGGCAUUGAUUUCACAAAAAGCAAUGAGUGGACAGGAGCAAGAUCAUUCAAUCGACGAAGCUUACAUCACAUUGGCAGUGAACAAAAUCCAUAUGAACAGGCAAUAUCAAUUAUUGGCCGAACUUUAUCUGCAUUCGAUGAAGAUAACUUAAUUCCAUGUUUUGGAUUUGGAGAUGAAUCUACAAAUGAUCAAGAAGUCUUCAGUUUCCAUCAAGAUGAAAGAUUCUGCAAUGGAUUUGAGGAAGUGCUGGCACGAUACAGAGAAAUUGUUCCCCAACUUGGACUUGCAGGACCGACAUCUUUUGCACCCAUCAUCGAAAUGGCCAUUACUAUUGUUGAGCAAAGUAGUGGACGGUACCAUGUUCUGCUUAUAAUUGCUGAUGGGCAGUUAACAAGGAGCGUUGAUACACAGCAUGGCCAACUCAGUCUGCAGGAGAAAGGGACAGUUGAUGCAAUUGUAAAAGCAAGCGAAUACCCUUUAUCAAUAAUUUUAGUUGGGGUUGGUGAUGGGCCUUGGGACAUGAUGAGAGAGUUAUCUGAUAAUAUCCCUGCGCGAGCCUUUGAUAAUUUUCAGUUUGUGAAUUUCACAGAAAUAAUGUCAAAAAAUGUGAACGCAUCCAGAAAAGAGAUAGAGUUUGCGCUUGCAGCAUUGAUGGAAGUACCUGCUCAAUACAAAGCAACUAUUGAGCUUGGCAUUAUGGGUCGACGGUCAGGGAAUGCUCCGGAGAGGGUUCCUCUGCCCCCACCUCUUCAUGGACCAUCUUCUUUCAGCAACAGUGGAACACCUUCAAGCUCAAACCGCUUUCAUCUACGGGCACCUUCUUUUUCUGGAUCUGAGUCACCAGUUUCUGGAUAUGAUUCAUCAUUACCUUCUUAUUCUGGAUAUGACUCCCAAUUUUCUGAAUAUGAUACUCCAGUCAACACAACUCCAUAUUCAAGUUCUACUUAUGAUGAUCAGGUAUGUCCCAUUUGUCUUACUAAUAGAAAGGACAUGGCCUUCGGUUGCGGCCAUCAGACUUGUUGCGAGUGUGGAGAAGACUUGCAAUUGUGCCCAAUUUGUAGAAGCUCAAUACAGAUUAGAAUCAAGCUUUAUUAAUCAUCUUCAAUGUGCAUCUCUGAGAUUGGUCUCUGCUGCUUGAUCGCUGUAGUAUAAAAUUAAAUCAUCAAGGUUUAUUAAUCAUCUUCAAUGCGCAUCUCUGAGAUUGGUCUCUACUGCCUGAUUGAUGUAGCAUAAAAUUAUAUCAUCAAGCUUUAUUAAACAUCUUCAAUGCGCAUCUCUUAGACUGGUCUCUGCUGCCUGAUCGAUGUAGUGUAAAAUUAUAUGUUGAAGCAUAUGAUACUAUUGCUUCAAACUCCAAAUUUUCUACAAGUUCCAAGGAUGUAGAUUAUGUAUUUUGUUUGAAUUCAAAUCAUAAAAUCUAGCUGCAAAAGUAGAUAUGUGAAAUGUCCAAACUUGUAAGGCUAAUUUUCUAAGUAAGGUGCUUUAUUUCUCUCUUAGUUAAUUAGGUAGAAACCAUGCAAUAUUUGGCUCUAUAAAUAGCCAUGUACUGCAGAAAGCGUGUAAGAAAGAAAAACAAGAAAUCAAUAUCAGUUUCAACAGAAA